AAAUGGAUGAAUGGAACCCGGCGAUGAAGCAAGCGAGCGGCUACAGUAAUGGUUUUCUUGAGACUAGAAGACAGACACCCAAGAAACCCCGGAGUAGGAGAGAGUGGCGGAACUUGAUGUCCAUGUCUUUGGACCGGAAGCGACCGACGAGGGACGCCGCCCAGACGGAAGAAAACGACACGCAGAUGCUUCCGCCCAUCUCAAGGAACUCUGGGAACGGUUCGGGAACAAGAACCGAACCAAGUUCCCCCAGACUCGCGGCGUUACCCCAGAACCACCUCUACAGCCAGAUGAGCGUUUCUAGACUCGGCGUCAACGGGAACACGACUCCUGACGCGACGGUUAAGUCCCAUGUUAGCCAUAGCUUUGACCUUGAUCACAGACAAUUUCCUGUUUCGCACCCUGGGAUACAUCAAGUUGAAGGUCAUACGUUGGCUACUCCUAGUCUUGGGAAAUACGAAAACGUACAAAACACAAACAAAUUGGUUGGAUAUUCACAUCUGAAUUUAGUUAACGAAGCGAGUAAAAAUUCCAACUUUUACACUUUCGAUAAAGAAAGACGUGUCAUCAAAUUUUUAGCCGAAGACAAUUCCUUGCAUCUGUCGCCAACACUGAGGCGUAACAAGGUCCUCUCAACCCAGGCGGCGCCCGCCCAGCGACGCCCCAGCAGGGAGAAGAAACUCGUCUUCAAAAAAUCCAACCUCAAAUCUCCCCCCAAACUCACCGCAUCGGAAGAACCGUUUUCGAUUCGCAGAAAAAUUGAACAAUUCCGGAAAUGGCAUGAGGAACAUUACACCGAUAAACUAAACCUCAUGCGAUUGGAUGCUAAUAAUAGUAACAGUGUGAAUAAAACUUCAACGAAAACAUUCCCCGGUGUCGACUUUACUAAAGUGCUUGAACAAAGUAUAACCCAGAACAGGAAAGAGGAAACAAUUGAAAAUAAAACAGAUAAGAACAAUAACUCUAAAUUUGUUGACAUAACACAAAGAGGACUUGUGACGCAUAUCCGGUUGCGCCCGGAGACGACGUCCACGUGGAAAACAUGGCGGGGUGUCAACGAGAGCUACGCCUACACCAACGUGGAUACCUACAUCCGGGACAAUGAACUUAUGGAUGAGGAGAGGAAGGAGUGGAUUCAGUUGUGGUUACGAGAUGUGAAUUUGGCUAUGGAAGAUGUGGAUGUCGAUGCGAAAGAGUGUCUGCAAUAAAAUAUUUGGUUGCGUCAUGUUUUUU